AUGAUGCCUUUCCGGGAAGCUCUACGAGGCAUAUCGUUCGCUUCGACAAGCAACAAGCGUCCAUCAUCUUCCCGCACCAGCUCAUCGUCAAGCACUAGUAGCUCGCGGCGCUUGCCCUCGAUCGAGGAGGCUCGGGAAGAAUGUCCCACUUACGACGCGAUAUGCUCAACGCCAACGCCAGGGCAAACGCAAGAACAUCCUGACGACUUCUUCAACACACAAUCCGAGCCUACACGGUCAUACACCGAGAAUCAGCUCGAGCUCGAGAUUCAGAAUGAGUCAGAACCCGACGAAGAGUUACCCCCGUACGUGCUGCUGGACCACGGCGCCCGGAAACCCGCCUACUCAAGACACGAAGCGGCCGCAACGACAAACCCAGAAGAAACGCAGCAAGAGCCGUCGAAAUUGGACGGCAUCCUAUGUCCUCGAUGCAACAUCAAGAAGGCAAAGACUUGGUACCAUCAGAGGCAGAAGGAGCGUGAAACAAGCAUCUACAUCUACAUCUGCAUCUACAUCUACAUCUGCAUCUACAUCCACAUCUACAUCUGCAUCUACAUCCACAUCCACAUCUACAUCCACAUCCACAUCUACAUCUACAUCUACAUCUACAUCUGCAUCUACAUCUGCAUCUACAUCUGCAUCUACAUCUGCAUCUACAUCUGCAUCUACAUCUGCAUCUACAUCUGCAUCUACAUCUACAUCUACAUCUACAUCUACAUCUACAUCAACUGA